AUGCACGACCGGGUGCUCAGCCCUUCAUCAAGUACCCUGGCCUCCCACUCCAGCCCAUCGCAGGCCGUGCAGCGAUGUGUACGGUUGCGGGGCGGUGAGUGGGUGGAGCUCGACGACGAGGGGACGGCGGGCGCUCGUUGCUGGGCUGGCGGGAUGGCGUGGGUGCCCGUCGGUAAGAACAAGCGUCUUUCGAAGGGAAAGAAGGGCAUCAAGAAGAGGGUUGUCGACCCCUUCACCCGCAAGGACUGGUACGACCUCAAGGCUCCGUCCAUGUUCGACACCCGCAACGUUGGCAAGACCCUUGUCAACCGUUCCUCGGGCUUGAAGAACGCCAACGACUCGCUCAAGGGUCGCAUCUUCGAGCUCUCGCUCGGCGACCUCAACAAGGACGACGAGAACACCUUCCGCAAGAUCCGUCUCCGUGUCGAUGAGGUGCAGGGCAAGAACUGCCUCACCAACUUCCACGGAAUGGACUUCACCUCGGACAAGCUCCGCUCGCUCGUUCGCAAGUGGCAGACCUUGAUCGAGGCUCAGCUCGACGUCAAGACCACCGACGGCUACCUCGUCCGCCUGUUCACCAUCGGCUUCACCAAGCGCCGCCCGAACCAGGUCAAGAAGACGACGUACGCCCAGUCGGCUCAGAUCCGCGAGAUCCGCCGCAAGAUGUUCGACAUCAUGCAGCGCGAGGCUUCGUCGUGCGACCUCAAGCAGCUCGUCCAGAAGCUCAUCCCCGAGGUCAUCGGCCGCGAGAUUGAGAAGGCGUCGCAGAGCAUCUACCCCCUCCAGAACUGCUACGUUCGCAAGGUCAAGAUCAUGAAGCAGCCCAAGUUCGACGUCGGCAAGCUCCUGGAGUUGCACUCGUCGUCGACCGAGGAGGAGGUUGGCCAGAAGGUCGUCAGGGACUUUAAGGAGCCCGAUGUGCUCGCGUCUGUCUAA